UUUAAACUGUCAAUUGUCAUAACUAUUAUAAAUCUGUUUUCAUGGUUUCAUUCAGAUAUUUUUCAGUUUCUGUGUAUAAAAUAUAUUAUUUUCAACAAUAAUUAUGAGUUCGGCAAGACAAAAUGAGCUGUCUGAUUUGAAAUCAUACAUAAAAAACAUCGACAAGGAAAUAACUUUAAUCUUGCAAAGCUUACAAUGGAAUCGAGGCACACUUAUUUCGGAAAAACCUUCUGUUACUUGUGCUUUAAAUAUGGCACACAAAGUACCACUUGAAAGUAAAGCAAAGCAUGAAGAGCAGUGCUGGCUGAAAAGUCUGGGUUAUAACGCUGAAGAUAAAUUGUUGCCGGAACCACUGGACCCAAAUGCUAAUACUAUAGUGAAGCUUGGGCCUAAUGACAUACAACUCAUAAUAGACACUGCUUCAAAUAAUGAUCCAAGCUUCAAAAAAGGCAAAGGGUGGAAGGAACCUGUGCCUCUCACUCUGGAGCGAGUUCAGACCACGUACACAAUGGAUGAGAGGCGAGCCAUCCAUGAUGCUGUUGUUGCAUCUGUGCCAGCCUGUCAUGAUCUCUCCGAUCUGGCAUUGUUUGAUGUCAAUGCCGUGAAAUCGGAAUCGGAAGAUGUAAAGAGAUCUCGCACCGAGAUUCUGGCGGAGUUACGUGAUAUGAAGCGACGACGCACCAAGUAUCGGGUCGCAGCUAAAUCGAAAAAUUACUCUGACGUCCUCCGGGAUGUUAUUAAAACACAGAUGGAGAUGUACACUGGUACACAAACAGAGUGUGCGCAUACUUCUGACGCAAAUAUAAGUUCAGAAUCAACAAGGAGAGAUGAUGACUACUCAAAUAUUCAAAUGCAUAUAAAACAUGAGAGAAGUACCUCAAGACAGAGUGAAAGUAGAAAUGGAAAUGAAAGAAAUGACAAUAUUGACCAAAGACAUAACUCAAGAGAUUCAAGAUCAUCCAAUAGACAUCAUAAAAGAAAGAGAAGUAGAAGCAAAGAAAUUUAUGGAUCCAGAGAUAAAAGAUAUACUUCUUCCAGUGAUCAUGGUAGAAAACGCAACAGGAAAGAAAAGGAUGACUACAGAAAAGAAAGAACAUCUAGAAGAGAUUAUGAUGGCAGAACAAAUAAAGAAAGUAAGUUUAGAACAGAUCAUGAUGGCAGAACAAGCCAAGAAAGAACACCUAGAAGAGAUCAUGAUGACAAAACAAGUAAAGAAAGUACAUUAAGUAGAGAUGAUGAUGAUGUAACAAAUGAAGAAAGUACAUCUAGAAGAGAUGAUGAUGACAGAACACAUAAAGAAAGUAUAUCUAGAAGAGAUGAUGAUGACAGAAAAAAUAAAGAAAGUACAUUUAGAAGAGAUCAUGAUGACAGAACAAAUAAAGAAAGUACAACUAGAACAGAUCAUGAUAACAGAACAAGUAAAGAAAAACCAUUUAGAAGAGAUGAUGAUGACAGAUCAAAUCAAGAAAGUACAUCUAGAAGAGAUCAUGACGACAGAACACAACGAGAUGAUAAACACGAAGAAAGACGGAAAAAUAGAAGAAAUAAUGAAAGUCAUAAAGAUAAACAUUCGAAACGCAAUUAUCAUUCAGACAAUAAAUAUGAAGAUAGAAGAAAAGAUAAACAUAGCAAGAAUCACGAUGAUAGAAUUAGAAAGAGAGAUGAAAGGCACGAAAGUGAUAAAUAUAAAAGAGAUAACCAAGGAACUGACAAUUAUACAAAAGAAAGAAGGCAUGAUAGAUCUAAACAUUAUAAACAAGAUACUAAUUCAAGAGAAUAUAGUGAAGAUAACAGAUAUUGGAAUAAUGAUGCAGUAAAAAUAAAGCAAGAAGUUGAUGCAAGUCCUCAUGAUAGUGAAUAUAGGAAGAGCGGGAACGGCUUCGAGGACCGAAAUCAACAAAAAGUUACGAUAAAGCAGGAGAAGGAUGAUUAUGAAUAUGAAUAAAAAAUAUUUUAAAAUA